GCCGCGCCUCCGCCUCCUGCCCCCUGCAGCGGGGUUACCUGUCACGGGGAGCCCGCUAAAUUUUACGGAUACGAUAACUUACAGAGACAGCAGAUUUUUACGACACAGCAAGAGGCCGAGCUGGUACAAUAUCCUGACUGUAAAUCGUCCAGUGCUAAUAUUGGCGAGGAACCAGACCACUUAAAUCAGAGCUCGUCUCCUGCUCAAAUGUUUCCCUGGAUGAGACCACAAGCAGCGCCGGGUAGGAGGAGAGGAAGACAAACAUACAGCCGAUUCCAGACUCUAGAGCUGGAAAAGGAGUUCCUAUUUAACCCCUAUCUGACCAGGAAGAGAAGGAUCGAGGUGUCCCACGCAUUAGGACUCACCGAGAGGCAGGUAAAGAUCUGGUUUCAGAACAGGAGGAUGAAAUGGAAAAAAGAGAACAACAAGGACAAAUUCCCCGCUUCCAGACAGGAGGGAAAGGAAGGGGAGGCCAAAAAGGAAGCACAUGAUCUGGAAGAAGACAGAGCUGAAGGCCAGACGAAUUAAUUUUUGCCCCAAAUGUCUUUGUGAAAGUCAAUCAAAAAUAAGCAGGGCUAAAGCCCGACAUCUCGGCUCAUCCACACCUCUACGUGAUCUUGUCGUGGGACGAGUGACCCCAUGUCCCUCCGUUUGACAUCUCCCUGCUUCGGGUGCUUCACUUGUUUGUGCUUUUAUUUUGUUUAUUAGCGUAUCCAGAACUAUCUCUAGAUUUAACAUUUCCUCUACUUAUUUUUUCAAAUUUGAUAAAGAGUUUCUAGCAAUAAAUUUCUAAUGAUAUACAUAUAUAUAUAUAUAUUUGCAAUCUUAAUGGACGGUGAUUGUGGGAAACAACAUAAACUUCCUAAUAAUAAAUAUUAAUAAGUAAGACAUUUAACAAU